CGGGGCGGCCUCUAGGCCCCUCCGCCCCGGGGGCCCCCGGGAUGGCUGGGGGCAGCCAAGGGGGAGGGGGCGCCUGGGGGCGGGGGCCGUCGGGGGAGGGGCGCUGCCGCGACGACCCGCGGCCCCGCCCGCCGGACGAGCGACACUCCACCUGGGAUUCCCCCCGAGCGGCCGCAGCCUGAACUUGCCUGUCCCGCACCGGUGCAGUCCGAGAGUAACAUCGCCUUGGCUUUGACCAAAUCGGGGGCUCUUAAGAGGAGAAGCACUGAAGAUGGGUUUGCUGGGCUGCCCCACGUUGUCUUCUGACCUUUGACUCGGGAGAGGCUCCAAGAGGAGCGUGCUGACCAAGAGGACUUGGAGGGACGUGGGCAUUUAGCUAGAUACACGGCAAGACCUGCCGGCAUAUUGCGGUGGUGAUGGAGGCCCAACUCCUCCGUGGCAACAACUUGGGUUAGCUCGGUCUGUCUGCACGUUCAUGACACGCAUGAUGUUCGCCCGAGGGUUAAAGAGGAAGUGCACCGAGGACGAGGAGGCGGCGCCCUCCUACAGCCGGCAGCGCCAGUCGCUCCUGGACAUGUCCCUGGUGAAGCUGCAGCUCUGCCACGCGCUGGCGGAGCCCAGCCUGUGCCGCUCUGUCCUUAUCGCCAACACGGUCCGGCAGAUUCAGGAGGAGAUGACGCAGGAUGGGGCCUGGCGUGGGGCGGCACCCCAGACCACGGGGCGGGUGCCGCUCGACCGCCUGGUCUCCACGGACAUCCUGUGCCGCUCGGCGCGGGAUGGGGCGGGAGACGGCCCAGCAGCACCGGUUCCGAGGGGCCCGCAGAGCAGCAUUUGGGAAGGGGACGGCCCCCUGGAAGACAGAGGAAGCUUUCAGAAGUCCCUCGAUCAGAUACUGGAGACGCUGGAGAGUAACACCCCCCUCUCCGUGGACGAGCUGUUCUCCGACGUGGACAGCUCCUACUGCAGCCUGGACGCCGUGCUGACCGGCGUGGUGGGCGGCGCUCAGUCGGGCCAGGACGGGCUGGAGGCCCUCGCCACCAUGGCCGCCCCACCCCCCAGCGCCAGCUGCAAGUCGGACCUGGGUGAGCUGGACCACGUGGUGGGUAUCCUGGUGGAGACUUGAGCCGCGGCCAUCGAGGUGCAGAACAGAGGGAGUUGUCAGGCCGUGCAAUCAGCUGGAGCCCUGGGUGUGGUGCCCGCUGCCCUGCAGCCAGGGUCAGCUCUGGUUUGCCUGUGUUUCAGAGAAUGACCAGCCACCCCCUCUGCCCCCAACCCCGGGGGGGCCGAGCAGUCUCCUGCAGGCUGGUCGGCCCUCGUCCCUGGGCCUCGUCGCUGUGUCCUGCUCCAGCUCUGCGGAGGACGCACGCCUCCAGCUGCAGUCAGCCGUGUCCACCUUCAGCUGGGUGGAUUUUCUAAAAUUACAUUUUAUAUGUUUUGGAUAAUGUUUUGUCUUAAGAUAUAUUUCUAAGCUUUUUAUACGUUUAUCACUUUAGAUUUUUUAGCUAUUUUCUUAAAAAUAUAUUUUUCUAUGAAUGUUUGCUGCUGCUACAUUAGAAACUUACAACUCAACAGUUGCAGUUGGUGUAUUUCAUCUUUUUAAGCUCUAAGAAACACUGUUCUUUUUACAAGUGUCGCUGCCCUCCGAGUGGGCAGGGUACGGGCAUCGCAGUUUCCACUUUGGACUUGGGGGCGGUCCCUCCCCGCAUGCGCUGCGCCCCUUAGAGCACCGUCAGGGUCGAGGGCCUGGCUCGGUGGGCCUCUGUCCUCGCGUGGUUAGAGGUCUGCCGUGCGAGCCAGAACCCCGUCAGACAUCACUGCAGACUUCGGAGGGGUCUAAGUGCCUGUUUGUGUCUUUGGAGGCAAAGCUCAGGUAGUCCACCCUGAGGUGUCUUGGGCGCUGCAUCCUGAGGAUCUGGCUCCUGGGGCCCCUCCCAUGCGGCUUCCCCAGCACAGCUGACCCUCUCCCGGAAGACGCCGCCCUCCCCCGUGGCCCUCCCUCUGCGGGACUGUCCCGGCUGCUGGGCCGUGCGCAGGGCGGCCGCGGUGGGGCGGGCGCGGGUCUGUGUACCGCAGGACUGGAGAAUGUUCACGUGCGCUCUGUAAAACUGGUGCUGGAGCAGAAUUUUAAGACUAAAUUUAAGUCUAGAACUAAAGAAAUCUGGACACGUCCGUUACAGCCCCUCGAUCUUGAGGGCAGUCGACCGCAGGGCUGGCUGGGUAGUGCGUUCGCCCUGUGACCCUGCCGGGGGCUCUGAGACCUCCCACAACUUCUAGAUCUUUCUCGCUGGUUUACAAGUAAGACUGCCCUCUCCCCACCCCCACCCCACGCGUCCCAUUUCUCAUGCUUUUUCUCCCUUCUCUAGUCCUUAGCCAGAAAGGGUUGUUUUCUUUCAUGCAUUUCUUAGUAUCAGUGAUGUACAGCUCAUUUUAUUAAAAAGUUAUCCUACAAAGUGGA